AUGUGGGGCUGCCCCAUGGCAGGGGGAUGUGGGGCUGCCCCACGGCAGUGUCCCCCAGCCCCACGGCGAGCCCCAUGGCCUUGUGGGGCCUGCUCGCCCAGCCUCGGGGUGGGGGGACAUGGGGCUGCCCCACAAGCAAGCCCCAGCCCCACGGCACUGGGAUCCAGCCCCACAGCAAGUCUCAGCCCCACAGUGCCUGCUCGCCUGGCCCUGGGGCAUGGGCAUGUGGGGCAGCCCCAUGGCAGAGGCACAUGGGGCUGCCCCACAGCGGCAUCCCCCAGCCCCACGGCAGCCCCAGCACUCCAGCCUCGGCCCCACGGCGCAGGGGGGAGCCGUGGGGCGGCCCCAUUGCAGCCCCAUGGUGCUCGCUGGGCCUCAGCCCCCCGGCUCCGGGCUCUGCCCCACAGCUCCAGGCUCAGCCCCACGGCUCUGGGAUCAGCCCCACGGCUCUGCUCCACAGCUCCGGGCUCUGCCCCACAGAUCAGCCGCCCAGCUCAGCCCCACAGCUCCAGGCUCUGCCCCACGGCUCAGCCCCACGGCUCCAGGCUCAGCCCCCCAGCUCAGCCCCACAACUCCAGGCUCAGCCCCACAGCUCCGGGCACAGCUCCAGGCUCAGCCCCAUGGCUCAGCACCACAACUCCAGGCUCAGCCCCACGGCUCUGCCCCACAGCUCCAGGCUCAGCCCCACAACUCCAGGCUCAGCCCCACGGCUCAGCCCCACAGCUCCAGGCUCAGCCCCACGGCUCCAGGCUCAGCCCCACGGCUCAGCCCCACAGCUCCAGGCUCAGCCCCACGGCUCUGGGAUCAGCCCCACGGCUCCGCUCCACAGCUCCGGGCUCUGCCCCACAGAUCAGCCGCCCAGCUCAGCCCCACAGCUCCAGGCUCUGCCCCACAACUCCAGGCUCAGCCCCCCGGCUCCAGGCUCAGCCCCACAUCUCCAGGCUCAGCCCCACGGCUCCAGGCUCAGCCCCACAACUCCAGGCUCAGCCCCACGGCUCCAGGCUCAGCCCACAGCUCAGCCCCACGGCUCCAGGCUCAGCCCCACAGCUCCAGGCUCAGCCCCACGGCUCCAGGUUCAGCCCCACGGCUCUGCCCCCCAGCUCCAGGCUCAGCCCCCCAGCUCCAGGCUCAGCCCCACAUCUCCAGGCUCUGCCCCACGGCUCCAGGCUCAGCCCCACAUCUCCAGGUUCAGCCCCACAGUUCCAGGCUCAGCCCCACAUCUCCAGGCUCUGCCCCACGGCUCCAGGCUCAGCCCCACAACUCCAGGCUCAGCUCCAGGCUCAGCCCCACAACUCCAGGCUCAGCCUCACAACUCCGGGCUCAGCCCCACAGCUCAGCCCCACGGCUCCAGGCUCAGCCCCCCGGCUCCAGGCUCAGCCCCACGGCUCCAGGCUCAGCCCCACAUCUCCAGGCUCAGCCCCACGGCUCCAGGCUCAGCCCCACAUCUCCAGGCUCAGCCCCACAGUUCCAGGCUCAGCCCCACGGCUCCGGGCUCAGCCCCACAGCUCCGGGCUCAGCCCCACGGCUCCAGGCUCUGCCCCCCAGCUCCGGGCUCAGCCCCACGGCUCCGGGCUCAGCCCCACAGCUCCGGGCUCAGCCCCACGGCUCCAGGCUCUGCCCCCCAGCUCCGGGCUCAGCCCCACAGCUCCGGGCUCAGCCCCCCAGCUCCGGGCUCAGCCCCACAGCUCCGGGCUCAGCCCCCCGGCUCCAGGCUCAGCCCCACAGCUCCGGGCUCAGCCCCACAUCUCCAGGCUCAGCCCCACAGCUCCAGGCUCAGCCCCACGGCUCCAGGCUCAGCCCCAGGCUCAGCCCCCCGGCUCUGCCCCCCAGCUCCGGGCUCAGCCCCCCAGCUCGGCCCCCGGCGCGGGCAGCCGUGGGGCGGCCCCUCCCCUCCCCCCGCGUGGGGCUGGGGCCCCGUCUCCGUCCCCCCCCCCGGCCCCAAUAAAGGAGCUUCGAUGGCGGCUGCUGUGCCUGGACGCCUGGGCCCCCGGGGGGCAGGGGUCAUCGGGGGGGUCAGGGGUCACCGGGGGGUCAGGGGUCAUCGGGAGGUCAGGGGUCACCGGGGGUCAAGCGCAGCCACACACCCCCCCAGCCCUGGGGUCACCCCGGGUCUCAUUUGCCCCGCCCACCCGGGAGGGGGCGUGUCCCCCCGCGGUGGGAGCCAAUGAGGGCGGGCGCGGCGCAGGGCGGGAGCCAAUGGGGGCGCGGCACAGGCGGGAGGGGGCGGCCCCAAAUGCCCCCAACUGCCUCACAGCCCCCCUAAUUGCCCCCACCUGCCCCAUAGCCCCCCACCUGCCCCAUAGGCUCCCUAACUGCCCCCUAACUGCCUCUUACCUGCCCCAUAGCCCACCAUUUGCCCCAUAG